UCAGACCCCCAACGGAGAGUUAAUGCAUUGCAAUGCAUACUAUAUGCAAUGCGAUGGCACGCGAUUCGUUCAUUUGUCGAUGACUACUUGGUCCCCAAUGCAGACAGAUAUCUUCUUUAACUCAACUUUCUUUGUUACUUUUGCUCCAACCCAAAGGAAGUCGAAGUUUUUUCUGACAUUUUACAGGGUUUUCCUCCAACAACAAAUCAAUAAACAAUCUCUAAUUAGCGAAUUUCCUAGUUUUAAAUGGGAAAAUAUACUUUAAAGGACCAAUUCGUCUAGCAUUUAAUCGAUACUUUUUGUUUCCUUCGCUUUUCGUCGGCCGACAAAAAUAGGUGCAGCAAUCUAAUUGCGAGGUAACCAGUUCAAUUAGUGAAAGUCAGAGUCGCCGGCAUUUGCUUUAUGCAACUUCAUUUUAUCGACCAAACAAGACGGUUGCCGCAGCAGCUGUUGUUUAAAAAUCCCGCCAAAAAUCGGUGUUGUCAAACGCAAUACCGAAAUGCGACUAGGUGGCAACGCCGCGGCGGCAUGUUUUCUUGUUUUCGCAUUUAGCAUGCGGCGUUGAAAUUUCUGAAGCUCGCUGGAAAUUGUGCCGAAAAUGAGCGCGCUUAGCAGUAAACUGCUCCUGAAACGGAUGCCCUGCUCGCUGGACGAACUGGCGCAGCUGAUCCGUGAGUGCAAGCUCAUCCUGCCGCGCUCUCUGAACACCUACGGCCGGAAAAGGGUGCUCCUCGAGUAUAGCGACCCGGAGGAGGCGGCAAAAGCGCUGGAGCAGCUGCAGGGACUCAGCGAAUCGCUGGACAAGCCGCUGUGCAUCAGUGUCUUUGGACCGCGGCCCACUUCCGGAGCCGCGAGUGCCAGCAGCAAAUCCACGCAGACGAAGGCAGCUGGAAAUGGAGGCGCUGUUUCUGGCCUUCCGGAUAUCGACAAGUACGUUCGAAGGCUUUACGCCUGCAAUAAUCAGUGCGACUUCACACAGCCGCCGCCGCCAUAUCUCAGCUACAGCUAUCCACCCAUUAAUGGGGAGAUCCUAGCCAGGAUCGGUCAGAGUCUGCAGACAAAUGCCCACUUCUAUAACCAAGUUUUGCACCUAAUGAAUCGCAUGAAUCUGGAGCCACCCUUUGAAAAGCGACCCGAUGGACUGAUGGUUCAGAUGCAUCUCCAGCACGUGGGCACUCAAACCGAGCUGAUACCCAGCGAAUCGGAAAGCGAGUUGGAGAGCGACGAUGGGGAGCAAAAGCUGGCCAAAAGGCAGCGACUGCUUCUAGCUCCUGCGAGCGAAGAAGCCCGUGCCAAGACUCUCAAACGAGCACGCCAAAUGCUACAGCAAGCUGCCCAUCUAGCUAGUCACACUAAGCCCAAACUGACUGUUCAAAAACCCUCGUUUGACGCACCCAAAAUCGACAUGAAACUGCCCGAAACCCUAGUACCAGCUUCGAUAAACCCAGAAAGACGUCAGUCCAUAUCACAGCCAGAAAGUGGUGCAAAGGCAGAGAGGCGUUUGUCCACCAGUCAGCUCGAAGCUCUGCCGGUCUAUAAGAACUACAAGACCGGCGAUCCCAGCAACAAGUUGUACAUUAAGAACCUGGCGAAGACCGUGGAUGAACAGCAGCUGAGGGAGCUGUAUGCCAAGUACACUGCAGCGAGUAAUUUGGACAUCAAGGUCAUGCAGCAGGGUCGCAUGAAAGGGCAGGCUUUCGUGACCUUUCUCGAUGCCAACAAUCCGGAGAUUAUAGCCCAAGCGCUAAACGAAACCAAUGGACUUUUGUGGCACGACAAACCCAUGAUCGUCUGCUACGGCAAACAGCAAUAGGAGCAGUCAAGGGAUGUGGGAGAAGGCAACUGGGCCUGAUCGAUACCAUAUACGUCGACGGAGCUCGCCCAGAUCCAAAUAACGAUCCCGAGGAGUCGUUCAUCGAGGACGAAGUCACAGAGGCCAACACAGUGCCCGCCAAAAGCAAGAAGUCAAG